AUGACAUCAAAGGCAGCCCGCCUGGGCGAAGAGACUCGAGUCGAAAAGAUCAACGCCGAAGUAGUGACCCUGACCUACGGAACGAUUGUCGCCCAGCUAUGCCGCGAUCUGACUGUCGCCAAUACUGCCCAAAAGACCGAUUACGCUGCCGUCAACCACGAGCUCGAUCGAAUGGGCUACAACAUGGGCUUGCGUUUGGUAGAAGAUUUCCUGGCCAAGUCGAACACAGGUUCCUGCUCCAACUUCAGAGAAACAGCAGAGAUCAUAUCGAAGGUCGGAUUUAAGAUCUUCAUGAACAUUACACCGACGGUCACGAAUUGGAGUCAGGACAAUAAAGCUUUCAAUCUGGUAUUUGAGGAGAACCCUUUGGCGGACUUUGUGGAGCUUCCCGAUGAUGGGAGAGCACAGGACGAAUUAUGGUAUAGCAAUAUACUAUGUGGGGUCAUUCGAGGCGCCCUUGAAAUGGUCCAGAUGCAGGUCGAAGCACACUUUAUAAGUGAUGUGUUGCGCGGCAACGACACGACUGAAAUGCGCGUAUCACUGAUACGUUAUAUUGAAGAUGAAAUGCCACCAGAUGAUGAGUGA